GGGUGUGGCUGUGAUGUGGAAGAAGAAGAAGGGAAAGCCUGCACAUCAUUGAUGUUUCCUGCUGCUGCACUGACGCUCAUCAAGGAAACAUCGCUGCUGCAUUCAGGGUCAUCCGUGCGCGGUGGGAGAACACACACUCCGCCGCUCCGACACCGCUUGAAUCUCGUCGUCGUCACACGGAGGUGUCCCCCUCCCCCCUUAUUUAUUUAUUUUUUUUGUUGCUAGCAUAUCUCCGAGCCUUGCCGCGGUGGUCUUCACCCACACCUCGUCCUCCUCCAAGUCUUCUUCCCCGGAACACGCACGACCCACGGAGCGGACCUGCUGCCCAGGCCACAUUCCAGCGUUCCGACAGCGGCAUUCACCGCUUUGACGAGUCUGUGGGGGGGAUUCCUCCUUCUUUUCCCCCCCCUCUCUCUUCAAAUUUGACAGUUCCUCUUUGUGUGCGUGUAGGGUGGAGUCAAGCCUAACCUCACAUUUGGGGGGGAAAAGCAGCAACACAUUUCAGGAAGCACCAUGAAGGACGGUAUCGCCAACAACAGCACAGCCAGCAUCUCCCACGCUAGGAAAGCUGUGGAGCAGCUCAAGAUGGAGGCCUGCAUGGACAGGAUAAAGGUGUCCAAAGCCGCCGCAGACCUGAUGGCAUACUGCGACGCCCACAUACGCGAGGACCCUCUCAUCGUGCCCGUACCCGCCUCCGAGAACCCGUUCCGGGAGAAGAAGUUCUUCUGCGCCAUCCUCUGAUGAGCUGCAUGCCGAGCGCCACAGGCUGCAGGCGCGCCGUCGCCUGGCUUCUCUGUUUUCACCGCACCUGAAGCCACUUGCCGUGGGCGUCCAGUUGAGUGUAACCAGGUGGACACUGGUGUUGGUCGGCGAGAUUCCGUGGGCGGGGGGAGCCCGGUCUCAUGUCUUGUUCAAUAGGUUUGUUAUUGCUUUGUUAUUAGAGAACAACCUUGCUCAGUGCUUCAUGAGAUGAGAGGUGUUUGGUUGUUUUUUCGAAGCUUUUAUUGUGCUAGAUCUGAACAUGCCUCAGGAAACAGACAUGUGCCCAGUACAUCCUCCAUCUCUGUAUGGUGUUGAACAUCCGUAGUGCCUUUCAGUGAGCAAGCUUUAAGUAUUUGCACUGAAAGCUACAACGUGACAUUUCACUGCUUCCACUAAUGAAAAAUUGGAGUAAAGAGUCCAAACCGCCAUCCAAGUCACUUCUGCAGUGAUUCGAAAGCUCAUCUGUUUGUUGAAGCGUCACAGCAUCACUGUGCAAGCCUUUUGCUCCAAAUUAGCUCAUAAACCUUCUCAGCCGCCAUCCUGAUGCUUUUUCUGUACCCGUGUUGUUUACUUCCAUUUAAGCUUCUGAUUAGAAUACUUUCUUAAGUUCCAGGCCACGGUGUGUUUGCUGGGCAUGUUUCCUGAGUGAAUGGCGCAGCCUUUGACGCCGAAACAGAGGCGUGCAUGUUCCUCUGCUCCUUCUUCAGUAAGUCUUUUCCGUGCCAAUCCCUGUGAGAGCCGUGUCACCGCCACACCGGGCUGGGCACACUUUUCAAAAUGUUUUUCGGGUUCUAGGGAAGAAAAAGCACACUGUCGAGACAUCUCCUUUACAUGGUAUUUAAAUAGCAUUUACACAUUUUUAUGAUGAAUUGUCAACGAUGGUUUGUUAAUAUAGUUAUUAUCAGUAGUUAUUCUUGAAUAUGUGUUGCACAGCACUGACUGCUACAUGGCGUUUAGUGCUACUACGCUUGUACAAUAGUGGAAAUGAUGUACAAAUCAUCCAGUUAUAUGUGAGUAUUUUAUAAAAAAAAAAAAAAAAACAUCUGUGAAAUUUAAGGUCAUUGCCUCCUGGUGCUUGAAGAUCAAUCUUUUUCAAUUAAUUUCAGGAUAUUUCUUUAUAUACGGCUUUGCGGUUCCCUCGCUGAUUUCUUAGGAUGGUGCCAAAUUUGAAACAAUAAAUUUAACAGCUGAAGAGGAAAUUUGCAUGAUUUUAUUUGUAAAAGAAUUGGCUAGUUGCUGACUUUCCAGGAGGCCUCUCUCUGCACAUUGCAUCACGCUGGAGGUCUGACAUGUUGACAAUGUGCAGCUGUAUUCUCUUAGUUCAAUCGUUAUAUUGUUUUUUGUAAAAAAAAUAAUUAAAAAAUACUGCGUUUAAUUUGCAAACUUUGUAAAUCCUAUGAUGGACGAAUGAAUUAAAGAAAUAAAUAUA